AUGCAGAACCUCCAUGGCUUACUCUGUUUCUUCCUCGUGUCUGCAAUGGCAUUUCCAUGGAGGAGCCAAGCCCAAGAAGCCGCCGACCUAGGAUUCAGGCAAGCCAAGAAUUACGAGGGUUCCUCCGACCUUGUAAAUGUGCAGUAUCACAUGGGUCCUGUGUUGGCAUCCCCUGUUGUCAAUCUCUACAUCAUCUGGUACGGCCAAUGGAGCCGAACCCAGCAAGCCACCGUCAGAGAUUUCGUCCACUCCAUCUCCGUUCCGUCUCUUCCGCACCCUUCCGUCUCUGACUGGUGGCAGACGGUGCGCCUCUACGCCGACCAGACGGGAUCUAACAUCACCGGGAAAAUCAACCUCGCCGGCGAAUUCCACGACGCCGGCUACUCCCACGGCAGGGUCCUGGCCCGCACGACGAUGCAAUCCAUCAUCAAGUCCGCCGCCGGCAGGGGGAUGCCGCUCGACCCUCGGGACGGGGCCUACCUCGUGCUCACGUCCGGUGACGUUUCGGUUCAGGAAUUUUGUCGAGCAGUUUGUGGGUUCCAUUACUUCACUUUCCCGACCGUCGUCGGCGCCAUCGUGCCGUACGCUUGGGUCGGUUACAGCGGGACCCAGUGCCCCGGGAUGUGCGCUUACCCGUUCGCCUGGCCCACUUACUCCGGGAAGCCGCCGCCGGGCGGGUCGAGCGGAGGAGGGAACAACCUAAUGAAGCCCCCCAAUGGGGAUGCUGGAAUGGACGGGAUGAUCAGCGUCAUUGCUCACGAGCUGGCGGAAAUGUCGAGCAACCCGCUCGUCAACGCCUGGUAUGCUGGGGAUGACCCUAUGAAUCCGACGGAGAUCGCGGACUUGUGCCUGGGAAUCUACGGUACCGGCGCCGGAGGAGGGUACGUUGGGCAAGUGAUGAAGGACACCUGGGGAGAUGGGUACAAUGUGAAUGGGGUGAAGGGGAGGAAGUUCUUGGUGCAGUGGGUUUGGAACCCUUCCAGGAGAAGGUGCUUUGGCCCAAAUGCCAUGGAUUAG